GACCACGCGUCUCUGCGCUGUACAGUCAGCGCUGCACUGCUGCAAACUCAGCGCUAUGGCUGACGAGAUAGCCAAGGCGCAAACUGCAAAAACUGGAGGAGAUACAAUCUUCGGAAAAAUCAUCCGCAAAGAGAUUCCUGCUAAUAUCAUAUACGAAGACGAUCAGUGCAUAGCCUUCCAUGAUGUGGCUCCACAGGCUCCUACACAUUUUUUAGUAGUCCCUAGAAAACCCAUCUCUCAGAUCUCAAAAGCUGAGGACAGUGAUGCUGCACUUCUUGGACACUUGAUGAUUGUGGGCAAGAAGUGUGCAGAGAAGGUGGGAUUAUUACCCCAAGGCUACCGGAUGGUGCUAAACGAGGGCCCACAUGGAGGUCAGUCCGUCUACCACGUCCAUCUCCACAUUCUAGGUGGCCGUCAGUUGGGCUGGCCUCCAGGUUAACUAGCACCAGUCCUAAUGUCUACUGUCAGCUGUAACCAGUCCUGUGGUGUUUAUCUGGAUUAACAAAGUUCUGUAUUAUUAUGUUAAUGUCAUGAGGAUGCAAUAGGGAAAAACAAUAAAUGCACUUACCAACGA